GUCACAUCUGUCACUCCACCAGUCCACACAUGCCGGCAGUGGGUUGUAGGCAGAGCCCUAAUCAAUGUGGCUGUCUAACGCACAGUAUGGGGGGCGGUCUCAGUUAAUGCGUGUCUGUGGUGAAGUGGUCUCUGUUAUUGACCGCAGUGCACGCACAACAGUUGGUGGUGCACGCCACGUUGUGAGCCAAACAAGUGGCCAGGAAACGGCCAUAUGGUUAGCUCUUUGGGCUGGAAACAAAAGGCUGAAGAUCACUUGCACCAUCGCUGAAGUGGAGAACAAAUGAAUGGAAAAGUUGUAAGAAGACCGGUUGAGUUUCAUGCCAUGGAGUUUGUCGAGUUCAUCAAGACACCCAAGGUAGACGGCGUUGUUCUCCACCGACCAUUCUACCCAGCUGUUGAGGGCACCCUCUGCCUGACGGGCCACCACUUGAUCCUGUCAUCCCGCAAGACCAACUCAGAGGAAUUGUGGCUUCUUCAUAGCAACAUUGACACCAUCGAGAAGAAGUUUGUAGGCUCUGUGGGCCACCUAACCAUCAAGUGCAAGAAUUUCAUGAUCAUCCAGCUGGACAUUCAGGGCAUGGAGGAAUGCUUGAACAUUGCCAGCUCCGUUGAGAUGCUUUCCAACCUCGAGUCUGUGACCCUGACCUAUCCGUUCUUCUACCGUCCCAUGUCUGAUAUCUUGGAGGAUGGCUGGCAGGCGUUCCUUCCAGAGAGUGAGUUUGCCAGAGUGACAGGGGAUGAGUGGCGCUUGACUCAUGUCAACAAGAAUUUCCAGGUCUGUCCCACCUACCCGCAAACGGUGGUUGUGCCCAAAGCUGUAGAUGACGACUGCAUCAUGCAGGCUGCUGCAUUCCGUCAAGGAGGGAGGUUUCCAGUUCUUAGCUACCUUCAUGCAUCUAAUGGGACGGUAAUUCUAAGAAGUGGCCAGCCACUUCCUGGCCCUAAUGGCAAAAGAUGUAAAGAAGACGAGAAACUAGUCAACUCGGCACUAUGCAUUGGCAAACGAGGUUACAUCAUCGACACAAGGUCCUACAACUCAGCCGUCAACUCCCGCUCAAAAGAUUUUUAUUUGAUUCUUUUCCCUCCAGGCGGGGGCUUUGAGACCGAGGCCCAUUACCCUCAGUGGAGGCGGGUGCACAAACCGCUGGACCGGUUCAGCAACCUGCAGGAUAGCCUGACCAAAUUGAUGGAGGCGUGUAAUAAGAACACCAACUCCAUGGAUAAGUGGCUGGGUCAUCUAGGUGCAUCCAGUUGGCUGAGCAACGUCAAGGAAGUCUUGACUACAGCGUGUCUGGUGGCGCAGUGUGUGGACAGAGAGAAUUCAUCUGUGUUAGUACAUGGAUCAGAGGGUCUAGAUGCUACACUACAGAUAACUUCCCUAGCACAGAUCAUACUCAACCCAGACUGCAGAACACUAAGAGGGUUUGAAGCACUGAUUGAGCGAGAGUGGAUUCAAGCUGGUCACCCGUUUGCCAGUCGAUGUGCCAAGUCCUGCUAUGCUGGCAGUAAACUCAAAUGUACUGGCCCCAUCUUCUUGCUCUUCCUGGACUGUGUGUGGCAGGUCAGUCAACAGUUCCAGUGCUCCUUUGAGUUCAACGAACAGUUUCUUAUCUUCCUCUUUGAGAACACCUACGCCUCCCAGUUUGGGACAUUCCUGUGCAAUAACGAGCAUGAGCGACAAAUGCUGAAACUCGCCGAAAAGACUCAGUCCCUCUGGAGCUAUGUGAACAGGCCUCAGAUACUAGAGAUGUACAUCAACCCACUGUACCAACCCAACUCCUCUGUCAUAUGGCCAUCUGUAGCUCCGCAGAGCUUGAUGCUGUGGUCAGGCUUGUUCUUACGAUGGGACAUGGACAACACUGUCAAUGACUCUAUAGACAUCGAGAUCCGUAAAAUCCAACAGAACGACAAGAAGCUCAAGACGAGAGCGAUACAGCUCAGGAAACAACUCGCUGAAUUGCAGAAAGAAGCCCUGGAGAAAGGUCUCAUCAGUGAGUAACAGUGGGGCUAAUGCUGAGUGGAGGUUCAACCUGAUCAGGAAACAGCAGCAGGGCAAUUUUGUGAAAUUAAGGUUCAGGAAUUAGCCACAGGGAACUUGCUGUUUUCAGCUUCAGCACCAAACUGUGGCUCCCCGCAGAAUGGAAUGGAAUGUCUCCCAAAACUUGUGGAGUGCAGAAUACUGGUCAGGAAACAGCCACCCGGCCAAUUGGAAUGUUUUUCAGCUUGAUCAGCAAACAGCAGUUGGGUUGCACUGCAGUGCACUGGUCAGCUGAGGUCUGCAGGAUGAGCUUAGAAUGCAGCUGGAUUGUUUAUAAACUCUGCCAUUCUACUUGUACAGAGGGUCAAAGUUCAACCAGGAAAUGGACCUGUCAGUUUUAGUAGCAAGAAACAGCAGCAGGGUUGUACAGAGAGCUUCUGCAGGAUACGUUUUUUGUAUACUUAAAAUAAAUUCCACACUGAAUGGACCUUGGUCAUGUGACAAUGAAGUAGUUGUCCUAAGGCCCAACUGCAGCGAAGACAGAAGUUGUAAUCCAUGUUAAAGAGAAAUUCUGUUCAUAAAAUGUACAAGUACAUAAAUGUACAUGCAGAAGUGCCAUUACACAUCACGGUCACAAGAGAUUUCUGGACUGAUACAUCUAGGUAAAGAAAGAACUUUUUUUCCAUGCAGGAUUACAUGUGCAUUCGUAUAAAAUGUACUCCUAAACAUUCACCGUUUGGGGCUAUGGAAACCCCAUAAUUUUUAAAAUGGCAAAUAGCAGUAGGUGUGAUCGGUGUGCCACCAUUAUUUAUGCUAAAAUAUGUCAUUGUAUGAACCAAAGACCAUGGGGGCAGUAAUGUAAUUACAUGUAAGAAUUCCUGGGAAGGGGCAUUUGAACCCCCGGUUGUAGCAUUGUGCUCUUCUUUUUGUUUCUUAAGAUCUAAUGUAUAAACCUCUGAGCCAAAGAGCAGUUGUAGUAAUAGCUAAGCUGCAUGUGCAAGGAGAUAUGACAGAGUCAACAUGCAUUGGUGGCACGUUUGUACACAUUCACAUGAAAAUGAGCCAUUCCUACUGUGCAACCUUAUGUUGUAACCAGUUCACGAGCAUGCUGUAUUUCAUACACUGGUGAGCAGAGCUGUCGGUGUGCUGAAUGGUGGAACCUACUGUUUCUACAGGAGUCCAUCUACCAGUGUUGGAUUUGAGUCUAUCACAAGUCCCUGCAAGUCUGUCACAAGUCAUUCUCUCUUUCAAUUCACAAGCUUUUCAAAUGAAAUAUGACAAAAGCACUGCAAUGCCAUUUUUCACCCUGUUAGUUACUUACCGGUAUGACUGGCCUUGUGAAAGGAUUUGUGAUUGACUUGACUCCAACACUGCCAUUUACAUGUACAGUACAUGUGCACAUGCUGGCAUCACAGUUGUGGGGAUUCCACACAUGUUGAGGAACAGUUAUUGCAGGGACAAACUUCCAAAACUCACCCCGGACUUUUCUAACGAAAGAAACUGUCCCCUCAACAGAGGACUGGUGUAGGGCAUGCACCUUAUGCUCACACAACUGUGCUGUAAUGUACAUAGUAAUUAAAUACACAAAGAAGUUACUUGUAUUUAAUAAGUGACAAUUCCAUAUUCCUCAACCCACCCCUUCCCAACAAUUUUUCACAGAUCCGGAAUGCGGAUGUGCAGUGUGUUUGGAAAAUGAGAAUGUUUCAAAUACAUUGUGAAGCUUUAAGUUUGGGUGUCACAGUGAGCACUGGUUGAAGGAAGUUUGAAACCAUGAACUGUGAUUUAUAGGUGAGUGGACUAGGAGCAUCUCUAACCAGCACACAAAAGACAGCCCUGCGGACAUCCCGGGACUGUCCAUUCCAACAGAAAUUGAUGGCGUGUGCUCAGUGUGGCCUGUGGAAGGCAUGCACAAAACUCUUUGUGCACACGUUACAUGUACGUCACAACCACAGGGAUAUCAUUACUGUGGAAAAGCACAUCCUCUCUUGAUCCUUCAUGGAGCAGAUUGUUUCAAGUUCUUCAGCAACCACAUAAUUCAAAAUGACAAGACACCAUUGUAGUUGAAAUUCAUGGAGUGCAUUUGAUUUUCUAUCAAUCUACAUGUAAAUUGACCUUCCAUGUUUUAUAUAUUGUAAGAAAGAUGGACCGAGAGAAAACAACUUUUUAUUCUGCUCUAUUUUUUUGGUGAGGAUGAGCUUCGAAUGCGACAUUUGUCUGUAAUCGAAUUUGCCUGUAUCAUGCCAAAUUUGCCAUUAUGAUUGAAAACGAAUUUACUUUGAAUGAGGCAACAGAUGAUGUAAAUGUGUUUACAUUUCAUAAAAUACACGUAUGUAUUUAUAUAUUUAGCAGGGAGAAAAGUAAAAAUGUUUUGUGUGCAUCAGAUGCAAUGAAUUGAUACGCACAGUAAAAGAGGGGCGGGAUUCAGAGUGGCCAUAACAUUCCUUGUGCAACUCAUCAACCUAUGCCUUAUGUGGAUAUUCCUUUGUCAUCCCCUGAAAAGGCCCAAGCUCAUUGUUCAUGUACUUGCACUGUGAACUCUUCUUCAAUCUAAUGUUUGCCUGUGAUUCCCUUGAAUUUUCCUCUUCGUUUUGUGAGACACCCUAUCCCACAAAGUUCCUCUUGAACUAUUUUUUGUUUGUUUUUUUAAAGCAUGGGAAAACUCUUCAUGGACCUGAGCAAGUCCUCAGAAGGUUUCAUUAUCUGCAGAGUGUGGGGUCCUGUUGUUCACGUGUCCAUAUAUGCAAUGACAUGCUGGUCCCACUUAACAAGUGCUGUGCAAUUCCCAUUUGAACACCUGGCUUUUACUUUAGUUUUAACUUUUAACGUGAGAAAAAUGCCACCUGACCUGCCAAAUAGUCUUCUGGAGUUGACACAAAAAGGGCAAGAAAGAUUGAUUGCAUAUGACAUGCAUGUCACAGACAUGUGAAAACUGAUAAUUCUGAAAGCAUCACAAAUUCAAUGCUAUUUUAAAGCAACAUUUAAACUUCUGGGUGUGGCUAUGAAACAACCCAAAAGCAAAAAAAUAGCAAAACCACAUUUGGGGAAAUUUCUUGAAUAAACUUGAAGCUUAAAUUCAGCAUUUAUGCAAGUAAUGUUGGAAUUACAUGUAGUUCUGCAGAGUGAGCCUUAGAAUUUCUUGAAUUUUCGCAAAACAGUCAGUUGACACUCUAGUCUUCUAGAAUUUAUGCACGAGUUGUAGGCGACCAGGCAUUUUGGCAUGGGCAUCAUAUUGAAAGUCUGCAUUCAGUCACAGAAAUCAUUCAUUUCUUUUCAUUAAUUGUAUACUAUUUCUUUGGGAUCUCUUAAUUUUCAGACAUUCCACAGUUUUCAGAAAAUCUGGUCUUCGGUCUGCAAGUGUUGUGAAGCCCUCAUACCUUUCUGGUGGCAUGACUCUUUGGGGUGCCUCAAAGAGUCCCACCUCCAAGGAUUAUCUGUCUUAGCUAAAACAUAAAAUGUCUUUUUUAAGCCUGCAGCACUGGAUUAAUUACAUGUUGAUCGCUUUCAAACUGCAAGACUGCACCAAUGCACAGCAGUGUUCAGGUGUUAUUGUUGAACUGUGAGCUUGUAGAUGCAGAGUAACUGUCGUGCCUCUCAUGCAUGCAGAAAUACAAUGUUAAAUGACAGUGAUGUACUGUACUUUGAAAAUCCUGUGAACAAACAAAUAAAAUUCACUUUUCUACA